AUGGAAUCCUUGUCUGGAGAAGACGAAUAUCCCUCACUUCCAUCUCCUAUUUGCUCCAUCAAUGACCAUUCCUGUGAUAUAGAAGAUGGGGAGAUCCAAGAAGUUGAUUUAGAUUCUAGUUUAACAAAGAUGGAGAUGGCAUGCAUUACUGACAACACACAACCAAGUCUUGCUCUUUCCAAACGUACGAAACGGAAGCGCAAGCGACAAGCAGCAAGUUCAAGUCCCAAACAUACCCCACCUGCAAGAAAAAAAGCAUCUGCCAUGAUCAAGAAUCCCACUGUUGCUCGCUCCAAUAUGCAAAAGUCGGUCAGUUGUAAUCCAGCACCAAUGCAACCAACUUGUUUGAAUCAAUCUAAUGAGAUACCAGCACCAGAUCCCAUAGUACAUAAAGCUUCUUCCGAUCCAACGAUCGGAUCUGCACUUGCUGCAGUAUUUGGAAUUAGCUCAUUUGAAUCGCUUCCAUAUAUCCAUCCUUCUCUAUCAUUUAAUCCAGAGUCAUCAACUACUGAUUCGACAACUGCAUGCAUACCUCUGCAAGCCUUGCCAGCUGAACCCCAAAGAAUCAGAAAUGUCUAUAAUAAACCCAAAAAGCCAUGUGUAUUUUGGGCCAAUAAUAAAUGCAAGCAAGGAAGCCAGUGCACAUUCUCGCAUGAUGGACCUGGAUCUGAUGCUCGUUCAAAACAGGUGUGUCGACACUUUAAAACAAACAGCUGUAUCAAUGGAUCACAGUGUCCGUUUUCUCACACUCUCAAAGAUGCUCCAUGUGUUUUUUUUCAUUUCAAGCAACUAAAUGGUGGAUGUCUGCAAGGUGAGCAGUGUCCAUAUUCCCACCUUCCCAUCACUGCCGAUCAGCAAGCAGUUCUCGAUAAGGAGCAAGCUAGAUGGGACAACUAUGUUAAAAAUAAAUAG